GGGUGUGUCCAAGACACUUACUCCCCAGCCCAGUGGACAGGACACGGUUAACCAACGCGGCUUCUUAAAGCUCAAACUCCACUUUGCUGAGGCCCGCUCGGCUGCCAUCCUGUCAAGGGGCAGCGACUGGGCUUGGUGGAGAAGAGGAGCAGCCGGGCAGGUUGGCGGGCACCGAGGGCGGCCCAGCUCCGAGCCCUGUGGCUUUCGCCCGCGGGAGCGAGAGCCGGCUGUAGGCGUCUCCUUCCUGUGCAAACUUUUCUGUCCUCUUCCUCCUCCCGCCCUCCCCACCGGCUCCGCGGCGCCCGGCGUCCAGCCGCCCGCCCUCCCCGCGGCCUCCCGGUGGCCGCGCACGGGGCAGCGCCGAGCAGGGCAGCCCUCGGCGCCGGCCCCACCCGGUGCUCCGCGCCCGCCGCUGCCGCCCGAGCCGAUGGCAGAGGAGGGCAAGCGCCCCCCGGGGCCCCCGGGCGAGUCUUUGGCUGCACCAGCGCCCACGGCCCCGGUCCCCGAUCCCGAGGAGCCCGCCCCGCCGCCGGCCCUGCGCUGGCUGCCUGGGGACCCGAGCCCCCGCGGCCGCUCCCAGAGCGACCUCUCGGCGUCCUCGAGCCGGGGCCGCCCACUCCGCGUCCACAUCUCCGGCUCAGUUGACGGACUGGACAAAGCUUCUGUAGCAAAUUCAGAUGGCCCGACAACAGGUUCCCAAACACCUCCCUUCAAGAGAAAAGGGAAGCUGUCCUCCAUCGGUAAGAUCUUCAAGCCUUGGAAAUGGAGGAAAAAGAAGACCAGUGACAAAUUUAGAGAAACCUCAGCAGUGUUAGAAAGGAAGAUAUCCACCAGACAAAGUAGAGAGGAGCUGAUAAGAAGGGGAGUUCUUAAGGAAUUGCCUGAUCAAGAUGGAGAUGUAACAGUUAACUUUGAAAAUUCAAACGGUCACAUGAUACCCAUCGGCGAGGAGUCUACCCGAGAGGAAAAUGUAGGAAAGUCUGAAGAAGGUAAUGGCUCUGUAUCUGAAAAAACGCCACCUCUGGAGGAAAAGGCAGAAGAUCAGAAAGAGAACUCUGAAAACCACUCUGAAACUCCGGCAGCUCCUGUUCUACCUCCUUCAGCUCCUCCUAAGCCUAAACCCAAACCUAAACCCAAAAAAACACCUGUGCCUCCAAAAGGGGCUACCGCUGGGGCCAGCCACAAGGGUGACGAAGUGCCUCCCAUUAAAAAAAAUGCCAAGGUUCCCGGUAAGCAGGCCCCUGUCCCUCCACCCAAGCCAACAAGCCGAAACACGACCCGAGAGGCUGCUGGUUCCUCUCAUUCAAAAAAAUCAAGUGGCUCCAAAUCAACUUCACCAUCUACUUCAUCCACCUCAUCUCGUCCCAGAGCUUCAAAGGAGACAGUUGCUAGCAAAACAGGGGCAUUGGGGACUGCAAAAGGCAAGAAGAAAGCUGGCAAGCAGCCAACGACAUCUCGACUGUCUUCCGAACCUACCACUUCUGGCACAGCUGACCUUACAGGAGAGCUUCCAGAAACCAGAAUGGAGAGUAUCCAACCCAAGCCAACUGUCCCGGGGACGGAGGAGCCGAGUACAAGCAAGCCCAAGCCUUCUGUCCCUCCGUCGCCCAUGGCUCCACCACCUUCUCCCCCGGCCCCUUCUCUUCCUCUUGAGGAUCAAUGCAUUGUUGCCUCAGACACUCCAGUUGUCCUGGUCAGCAGCGGAUCUGACCUGCCUGGCUCUGCCUUAGAACCAAGUCCAUUCCUUUGGACUGAAGAACCAACAAACAGAACCACCCUCCCCUCAGGCACUGGCUUAAGUGUUAGCAGAGAAAAUGCAAAAUGCUUCACAACCAAAGAUGAACUGGGGAAGGCAGCACCUCAGCUGCUCACCCCUGGACUGAUGGGAGACCCUUCAGAGUCCUUCAGUGCCCCAGAGGACGAGAGCCCACGGGAGUACCAGGCCAACGACUCGGACUCAGAUGGACCCAUCUUGUACACUGAUGAUGACGAUGAGGAAGAGGACGAGGAUGAGGAUGGCAGUGGAGAAAGUGCUUUGGCAAGUAAAAUACGACGAAGGGAUACUCUUGCUAUCAAACUUGGCAACAGACCAUCCAAGAAGGAGUUAGAGGACAAAAACAUCUUGCAGCGCACAUCGGAGGAAGAGAGGCAGGAAAUCCGGCAGCAGAUUGGAACCAAGCUAGUCAGGAGACUCAGCCAGAGACCCACAACUGAAGAAUUAGAACAAAGAAAUAUAUUAAAACAAAAGAAUGAAGAGGAAGAGCAAGAAGCAAAAAUGGAACUUAAACGUAGACUCAGCCGAAAGCUCAGCCUGAGACCUACAGUCGCAGAGCUCCAGGCUCGAAGGAUCCUGCGGUUUAAUGAGUAUGUAGAAGUCACUGACUCUCCUGACUACGACCGCCGAGCAGACAAACCCUGGGCCAGGUUAACACCUGCAGACAAGGCAGCAAUAAGGAAAGAACUAAAUGAAUUUAAAAGCACAGAAAUGGAAGUUCACGAAGAGAGUCGACAGUUUACAAGGUUUCAUCGCCCUUAAUGAAGUGGAAGCCUGGAUUGAUCAUCUUUGGUGGGAGCUCUGCUUCCUAGAAACCCAAAGUUGCACUGGGACUUGAAUGUGUGUGUUUCCAUUUGGCUUGUGGUGAAGGAAACAUGUGACAGCCUUCUUCGAAAGAGCGCUUCACCUGUACAGCCCGAGUGGGACUGGCGAGCCAAGGAAAAGAUGCUGUGACUCUUGCCUGCCAAAAUGUGUACUGAUGCUAAGGGGCACCAGUUAUUCCUUGUCGGCAGCUUCGAUCAAAGAAAAGAGCAGAAGACAAUCGCUGGCUUCCUAUAUUAGCCGCAAGCCAAAUCGUAUAGUGCAAGUUCAGGACCAAUGGUGAUUGGAAUUGCU